AUGGUCACGUGUGACAGUGUCGUUACACGGGACUGGUGUAAGGACACUACGCGGUACAAGGACUUGCGAUCUGCUAGUGUCGAGCAAGCAUUGUAUGAGGCGGUGUGCGUGUUUCAGGACGGUGUGGCCGUUCCAAACGCUUACAUCGGAUGUGGCAACGGGCGCGAGGGCCGCAUGUCUCCGAACGCCGCCGCCGCCGCCGCCGUGGCUGCCGUGGCGCACGGCCUGCGCCGGCAGAUGUGCAACAUGGUGGCUGGCCAGCGGCCGCCCGACCACCCGCCGCACAUGGGCCCGCCCAUGCAGUCCUCGCCGCAGCUCACGUCGCCGCUCUCCACCGGGCUCGAGUCCCCUCUGUGCUCGCCCCCGCCACCUGGCCACGCGCUGGAGCCCGCCAAGCAUCCAGACCCAUUCCGCCCCUUCGCCUCACCGACUGAGAGCCGCUACAGUGACCGUGACACUGCUUCUGACAUAACGCUGAUGGGUCCUCCGAAGAAUGGACAAGGCCACGCCAGGAAGAGCUCUGGCCAAGGCUCAUCGCCCUCCGAGCUGGAUGCGGUAGAUGGGCGCGCGGACAUCUGAAGCGAGGCCGCGGGCAUGGUGCCGGUGAUGCCGCCCAUGGGCCUGCCACCGCCGCCGAUCCCGAUGCCCGCGUACAAGUACUUCGUUCCGAACGGAAACAGCUCCACCUAUUAUUAAACUGUAGCGACGCGGGGUUCCCAUCACCUACAGAGCUUCCUUGCCCCGCCUGGUAAUGCCACACUGCGCUCUGUGGACCCCACGCCCGAUACAUUGUCUCUCUUUCAAAGUAAAAGCCGAUGUAACAGUCGACGUCAUUAAUUUUUAUCACCGCAGUACAGUCAGCAUCAGUAACAGCGGUAUGUUGGAAUUUAUUGCAUUUACACUAACGCAUGAAAGCACGUGUUGUGGUGCUGACUGUGUAAAUGAUUUACAUUUCUGAAACUUUCCGAAACCUCGUGGAACCAGAUCUUACAAGAUCCUUACUUGCAACCCAAAGAGUUUGUGUGAAUCUGUUUUGUAUUUUUGUUUGUUGACAAGUGUUUUACGUUAUAUGCGGAACAGUUGAAACUGCGGUGAAGUUGCAAACAAUAUUGGCGGCACUAGGCGACACCACACAGCGCUGUCGCAGGGUCGUAUCGAAGCGACCAGCCGCGAGAUGCCAAAUGUUGUAAUCCUCGGAUGUGGGGAGUUGCAGCAAAGAGUAAUGUAAUUGUGUGAAGUGUGUGUCGGUAUAGGCGGACACGUUGAGGUUCAUUGCGCCCGUUGCACAUUCCAAGGAGGAACUGGAGCUGUUUACCACUCGGAGUUUAGAGACGAUCACGUGACGGGCCCGAGACGGGUUAAGUUGUUUUAAUCAAUAUUUCAAAUCGGCAUUAAUUUAUGAUCAUAUUUAGUAAAUUAUUGUGGACUCGCUGUGCAAUACAAUGCUUUGUUAUUAGUUUACUUUUGUAACAUUAUGGAUUUAUUAUAAUUUGUAUCAUUAUGUAUUGUGUUCCAUUGAUAUAUUUUAAGUUUCAUAUAGUUUGAUGGGCACGGGCGCGGUCGGCCACUCAGUGCGCCGGCGCCGCUCGCUUUCCAAAUACUAUUAUUAUCUUAUCAUAAGUAGAACUUCGAGAUACGUGUAAGCUUAAACUAAUACAUUACAAUCUAGAUCCAUCUGUGAACGUAGGGAUUAUCAAAAUUAAAAAAAUAUAUUAUAUAUACGUAUGUAUUCAAUAUAUAAUAUAUGUAUAUUUAUUCGGCCCGAUUCAAAAGACUGUUCGGUAUACCUAUUCAUUAUGAUUCAGCAAACAUAUUUAAGAAAUGAUGAAAUGAUGGAUUUAUCGUUAGAUUUAAUUCUUCAAAGUGUAGCUGUCCUAUCGUUUCAUGUGAGGUCGAUGUCAAUUUGUCUAGUAACAGUUAUAGUGGAUAGUGUGUGUUGUCGCUUGCGGGCCUCCCGCUUCUCAGCUCAUUGUUCACUGUUCGUGCAGCGAUUCACAUACGUGUAGAAUUAGUGAUCGCCAAAUGUAAUUUAGAUGUACUCGUAUCGUUAGUCAGUAGUGAUUGUUCCAAAUGUUAGGCUAUAUUAGAGUACGCGACGGUGCCCGCUUCUAAACGUUAACAGUAUCACCUUACUGUCCUCUGCGACGGUACUCGGUACCAACCUACGAUCAGAAUCACGCUAAUAUUUUGAUUCUGACUGUACUUUUCUAGUGUGGCAACAUUUUAGAACCUAGCGUUCUUUUUAUAAAAUAUUUUAGAAUCAAUUCGAAUCUUGAAUUGUUGCGCAGGCGUUUAAAACGCCUAUAAAUGUGGUUAUAUUUGAUACUACGCUAUUUUAGUUAUUAUUUUUCUGUUAAAUGUUCAAGGCUCGUUAUUUAUAAUUUAAUUUUAUUGUUUAUAAAAAUACAAUUAAGUGACGGAAUUAUAGUUUGACAACCACUAAAAGGAGGGUGGUGAGGAAACGUUGAAAAGAUGUGAGAAAUUAUAUAAAUCGUUGCAAAAUUAAAUAUGGUGGACAACGUACCUAUACAAACUUAAUUCACGUCGAACAUGUGUUGCCACACUACAAAAGUACAAAAGAUAUCAUAUUCUUACAAUGCCCUAUUUUAUACAUACAUAUUUAAGAAAUAAUUUUGUUACACUAAGAGAUUUUAAACCUUAUUUAUAAAUAAAAUAGUUAUAUAAAUAAGAAGUAUGGAUACAUAAUUAUUUUAUUUACUGAAGCCUUCGGAAACAAGUUUAAGGCACACAGCUAGAACUUUCUUACGAUGAUCUCAUUACUUGACUGACUGUAUGGUUCACUAGCAUGAAGCGAGUAUGACUAGCAUUGCAGCUACUAUCUUAACCCGUGAUUACAGAAUCACUUAUCAAAAUAUAAUACAGAAUUUCUCCUCCCAUUAUAUCAAUCGAUCCAAAACUUGUUAAGAUUUCUAUAUAAGCGUUAACUUCGAGAAGCGAGGCCCGACGCACUUAGAUUUAGGUGCACUGAAAUCGCCAAGUACCUACAGAAUGUUCAUCAUUCAUUUGUCUGCUAUACCACCUACGCAUGAUAGUAUUAUACAUUUCGAUUUGCUUAUAUUAGCUAUGUAACUACUCGUAGCGAGAUCCAAUGUAAUUCGACGCUAUGGCUCGCGGGGUGAAGGUGCGCACGCGCCGCCGCCCCGCGCGUGUCGCAGUCGCUAGGACUUUAAGGUGUGUAUGUACAAAUUUGUUUUAUCAACAACUACUUCCUGGACGCAUAAUUUCGUUUCAUAGUUUGGAUUAAAAAUUACUAGUGUUACCUUCUUGCCGCAGGGGUAUCCACGAUUUAGGUAUUGUUGGCGGAAAAUUGUUGGCGUUCACGUAUUAAUUUGUCGCGUUGUGGGGAGAGGCCGGCGCCGUGUGCGCAGGCGCCGGCGAGGACUCGUCGCAAAACAUGGUGACCAUGUUUUAUAAUUAGUCUCCAAGUGGCCUUGAUACUUCAUUAUUAUUUGGUAUUUGGAAUAUCCGGUUCGGUUAAAGUUUGGAACUAGAAUAUAAAAAAGACCAAAAUAUUAAAUUUGUGAAAAAAUUAUUACAUCUGCAAUUCAGAUUAAUGUUAAAACUAUUUGGCUGUCCUUUUGGAAAUAAAUUUAAUCUAGGUAAAAAAAUUAAAAAUUAUAUACUGGGCCUAUAAUGUUUCGGACGAAUUGCGUAGAUUUUGGUAAAUUUUACUACGCAUAUUUUCUAUUGUGUAAGGUUAGGCUAAUGUGUUCAAAAAAUAAAUUAAAAUUUAAAUUUUUUGAAAAGUAGAAAGUGCCUUCCAAAUUUUUGACCACAGUAAGUGUUGGGGGGGAUGCGGCGAAGUGGGGUUGGGGGUGGCUGGCAGCAGUGGCAGCGGCGGGCAGGGCUCGCCUCGCACCGCGCCGCCGCUGUCCGCCACCCGAACGUGCUUAAAUAUAAAAAGUUAGAAUAAAAUAAAAAUUCAAAAUUAUUAUAUAAAAGAUAAAUACAUAUGACUAUUAUAUAGAAAAAAAUAUACAUAAAAUUAUAUAUUUGGGCGAUGUGGUAAUACCCUGACAGGCAAGCGAUAGCUAACUAUUCGGUGUCCAAAUUGAUUCUCUUUCUUUGUGAACGAUCACACGAUCACUAAAAUCCAUUAAUUAAACAAUGCAGACAUGCAAGUGCCAUUUGUUUUAAACUGAAUCACUUAUGGUUCAUAUUUUUUUGUAUCAGAAUGUGGAUUUUGUAGUUAUAAUUAAUCAUUAAUUUAUUGUAUUGGAAAAAGUAUACAUUUCGGAUUACAUAAAUAAGUACCUAUGUGUUAUUUUCGUGAUAGAUAAGUAAAAAAAAACUUGUAGUAAUAUAAUAUACACCUACAGAGGCGGUUUUGGUUGGUUCGUAAUUUACAUGAAUAGAUGUUAAUUUUUUUUUAUAUUAGUUAAUGUAAUCGUUACUGGCGACCAUUACAAUGUGUUAUACUGCAUGACAAAUCUUAACUUUUUUGUGAUAAAUACCUAUAUAUAAUUUGAAGAACGAUAUAUUGUAUAUCUACUGAUAUGAUUGCUCUUUUCGAUUAUUAUAACUGUGGAUAUUUAUUUGAUUUAGCGCGACUGCCCCCGUUGGGCUGAAAUUGACCUUUAUUUUAAUAGCAUGUCCAUUGUAACCAAAAAAUAUUUUACUUUUACAAUUCCAGUGUAUAAUGUGCGACUGUUUAGUUAUAAGUAAAGUUGUCGAUAGGUAUCUGUGUGUUGGUACUGGUACCUCUACCUAUUUUAUUGUCUAUUUGGUUUUUACUACUUGUAGGUAUCAGGAAAUGACCUAGGUAGGUACAUAUCACUACACAGCUUAGGUUUUGUCAUCUCAGUACCUUCCAAUUAGUAUUAUUAGAUUUUUUGUUAAUAGUUUCUCUUUAACCCACACCUAGAUACUGGACAAUAUCCCUUGUCUAUGUAAUGGUUAACCCUUGAAUGAAAUCAGUUGGUAGCAUCCACUCCAAUCGUUUUCACAUGUCUUAUUGGGAUGACAAAAUCAAAUGAAACAAUUAUUGCAAUUACAAAAAAGUAUGUAAUUUUAAUUUUAUUACAAUAUUGUAAACAAACGUUAACUUGGUUAGUCUGCGAUAAAGCUAUUGUUAUUAGAUUUCACUAUAACACUGCCUGGUUUUGGCCGCGUAUUGUUUAUUCCGAAUAGAAACUCAGGCACUUUAUACACGCGCCUAGUAAUUUGGAAUAGACAAAACGCGGUCAACGCCGCGGUGAGCACAGAUUAUUUCUUUAAUUCAGUUAUUUAUUAUUAAGAUAAUUUCGAACUUAUGUUAUUCUGUGUUCCUGAAAUGGUGUAACUUUAUUUGUAUGUAGAUAAACACGUAUAUUAUUAAAAUAACUGUAAGUAAAUGUUUAGGCUGUUGCCACGCAAUAUCUGAACCAUCUCAGUAGAAUCAUCGUUUCAUAACCCCAUCUCUUUCGAAUAAAACUACGUUAAGUACUUGUGGAAUCUCAGAGCUACGAUCGCUGUAUUCUUAGUGAUUUUACUAUUAAUUUAUAAAGGCACAGAGUUAGUAAACGAUGAUUGUACCAGUGGCACACUAAUAUUGAUACAUUCAGUGUUUAUCUUAAGUACAAUUUAUGAAAAUUGAUGUAAUCUUUUAAUCAUCCUGGUAUUCGUAUAGAUGUUACCCAAGCGAACACAGGUCUAUAUCUAAAGGCCGGUAAAUAAAAACAUUGUAUGUAGUGUCUGUCUCCAUUAAAUUCAUUAAUUUAAGUUUGUUAUUGUCACAGUGUACCGUUGUCUGAAUAAAUAAUAUAACAUGAAAAUAGAG